UCAGGGAAGCAAACACUCUUCUCCUCUUCGCUUUCUGAGCUCUUCUGUGUCAAACAAACCAUGAAGUCUCCUGGAAAGUCCAUGAGAGAAGCUCUUGUCUGUGCUCAGAGUGAGGACCGGCUCACCAUUGGGGUCUACGAGAGUGCUAAGAUCAUGACUGAAGACCCAGACAGUGUUUCCUUCUGUAUCCUGGCUAUGGACGAGCAGUUUGAGUGUGACAUCGCUCUGCAGAUCCACUUCACCCUCAUCCAGUCCUUCUGCUUCGACAACGACAUCAGCAUCGUCAGAGUCAGCGACAUGCAGCGUCUGGCCGACAUAGUCGGAGACAAGGCCGAGCAGCUGGAAGACACGCACUGCGUCCUCAUUACGAACCCAGCCGAUGGGUCUUGGGAGGACCCCACUCUGGAGAAGCUGCACCUGUUCUGUGAGGAGAGCCGGCGCCUGAACGACUGGGUCCCUGAGAUCAGCCUCCCAGAGCGCUGAGCCGGACUCUGCUCCUCACCUGCUCGAUUCCUACCUGGAA